AUGGCUGUUUUUCCACCAUUUACUUUUGGCUCCGCACCGUCCGUAGCCAACUGUCGUCAUCAUCGAUUCUCCCCACCCCCGACUGCCGCAAUUUGGGGGGUCCUAUGCUUCUUUCUUACAUUGACCUUAGUCAAGUUAAGUGCGCUGAAAGCUUUUCUUUCUUCACAGUUCAGCUUAUCGAAGGAAGACUCAACCGACGACCGUACAACCCCAUCCCUUCCCUCUGAAGAGUCAACCACGUUUACCCUCUCAGCAUUGGCCCGCUCGGAGAGACGAAAUCGAAGUAAAAGACAUAUAAGGAAACGUGAAAAAUUACUUACGAAUUCUCUCUCUCUCUCUCUUUCACUCUCUCUCUCUCUCUCUCUCUAUCACGCACACACGCACAUACACGUCUGCUAUUCAAUCUAUCUAUCUAUCUAUCUAUCUAUCUAUCUAUCUAUCUAUCUAUCUAUCUAUCUUAGUUUCCUCAUAUCUAUCUAUCUAUCUAUCUAUCUAUCUAUCUAUCUUAGUUUCCUCAUAUCUAUCUAUCUAUCUAUCUAUCUAUCUAUCUAUCUAUCUAUCUAUCUAGAAACACAUAUUUCUGCCUUUUUUAACGCUCUACACAUUCUGCCAUUACAUAUGAAUAUUCGCCUGCAAUGA